CGGAACCAACCCUCGCGAGAACUCACCUGCGCAAGCGCAGUGGGCACACACGUGGUGUGGUGGGUGUUAGCGGUUUGUAACCGCCACCUCACCUGCGCAGCUGAGCCUGAGCAGUGCAGUCGCUGGAGCCAGGAUCGCCGCGUGAAAAGUCAGGACCGCCAAUGCAGGGUCCAGACGAGGACGACUCAGGUGGCAGAAAGGGGCUUGACGAAGGCGGCGAGGAUGGGCGGCAUAGGCCUCAAGCUGCCGAUGCCCAUCCUAGGUCUCAGAGUUCGGCGACUGAGGUUGACCACGACAGCUCCCCGCGUCUGAAUAGCCCACAAGAUGCCCGCAGUCAGGCCGCUCCUGGCAGCUCCGGCCGGGGGAGCCCCGCAGUGUCAGGAGUGUCAGCUGAAGAGGCCGCCAUCAUUCCCCAGGACGAGCAGGUGCCACUUCUCCCUGGACCCAGCGGAGACGCUGCAACAACUACAAGUCGGCUCCUGGAGUUCUCUGUGAGAGUGCCUUUCUCUUCUGCUGUGGAGGCAGACAUGGCACGCAGGUCCCUGGUCGCCAACGCCCAGCGUCAACUCUUAAUGGUUCCACAGGAGUACACUGUGAACGACAGUAUCUUAGCUGUUAGGUGGACUACGGAAGACCCUCUUCUCUUCCGAAUUUCCAUCAACAACUUCCUUGAUCAACUCUCCCUGGUCAUGAGAAACAUUCAACACCUUCAGUUUGUGGCUUUUAAACGAAGAAGAGAAAGAAGUCGUAAUAACUGAUCUGUUACCUGCUACAAGACAAGACAGAAGCAUUUCAUGCUUUUGGUAAUGGCCACCUUGCCUUCAAAGUUCAAUGUUUUUGAUGCAUAUAUGCCUGCUGUAAGUCUCUUGAUGGGCUUGUUUCACUAUUGCUAAAGGAACAGGUACUUAAGCAUUCAUUGCCGAGCAAAAUACAGCUGACUUACUAUGUUUUGUUUGUUUAUAUGACUUUACUUUUGUAUGUCUAUGGCAGAAAGCUCUACUCUUCUUUUUUUCUUUCUUUCACGUGCGUGCUUCUGGAAGAAGUUCUGGGAUUGAGAACUUCUUGUAGUCUAAAGUAAUCUACAUUCUAAAGAUUGUUUUGGUAGUGUAAAGACAGUUUAGGAAAUGGAAGAAAAAGGCAAAUCAGUUAAGGCCAUUUAUUAAGCACUAAGUACAGUAACGCUUGAAAUAAGAAGAGUUUAAUGUGAAAAACAGUGCUUACUGUGCAAUCAGGAGAUGAGGCAGAGUAACAUUCAGCCAAGAAAAACCAAAACCAAAACUAAACACAUAAGAAAUGUGUGACUUCAUUAUCAUUGUUUUCUUUGAAAUAUCUUUGUCCCGUUCUGUCGUUGUUGUUGUUGUUUGUUUUAGAAACCUCUUCUGGUUUGGAGAGGUAGAGGAAUCAUGGGUUAAGAGCACAGGCUACACCUCAUGGGGAUAUGGGUCCUGUUCCUAGCAUGCACAUGAUGACUAACGACCCUUUGUAACUCUGUUCCAGGGGAUCCAGUGAUAUCCUCUGAACACAAGUGGUGCACAAAUACCCGUACAAAGACCCACAUGCAAAAAAUAAAAUAAAAAUUUAAUUUAAAACGUA